AUGGCGACGGCAUUCCUUCAGCGCACCAUUUGCGGCCUAAAUGUGGCUAAAAACAAGGCCAGGACUAAAGAACGGGUGCUUUUUAUCAGAGCUUUGUCUGCGUCUAGUAACAGGAGUCGGGAGGAGAGCUGGAUUAAAUCUGUAUUCGUGCGCAAAGUGGACCCUAGGAAAGACGCCCACUCUCACCUCCUGGCUAAGAAAGAAGAGAACAAUCUGUAUAAAAUUCAGUUUCACAAUGUGAAACCUGAAUGUCUGGAAUCCUACAACAAGCUGUGUGAGAACGUGUUGCCUUCAAUCCAUGCUGAAAAAUACUACCCGUGUGAGCUGGUGGGAACGUGGAACACUUGGUAUGGAGAGCAGGACCAAGCUGUACACCUGUGGCGCUAUCGAGGAGGCUACCCGGCCCUUACUGAAGUCAUGAACAAGCUGAAAAAUAAUAAGGAAUUUUCGGACUUCAGGAAGGAACGAGGGAAGAUGCUCCACUCUCGUCGCAAUCAGCUACUGCUCGAGUUCAGCUUCUGGAACGAGCCGGUUCCAAGAGAUGGACCGAAUAUCUACGAACUCCGAUCAUACCAGUUAAGACCUGGCACAAUGAUUGAGUGGGGAAACUACUGGGCUCGAGCCAUUCGCUAUCGGCAACAUAACCGCGAAGCAGUCGGAGGAUUCUUCUCUCAGAUUGGAGAUCUUUACAUGGUCCAUCACCUGUGGGCGUACAAGGACUUACAGUCUAGAGAGGAAACCAGGAAUGCCGUGUGGCAGCACGAGGGCUGGAAUGAAGUUGUGUACUACACAGUGCCCCUUAUUCAGCACAUGGAGUCCAGAGUGAUGAUUCCAAUGAAGACAUCGCCACUAAAGUAAAGCUCCACGGCGUCUCGCAGCCUUCUGAGUGGAUUCUGUUUGGAUAACUCAGCUAUUUAUUGUAAUGUUUUCAUCUAAACGCACAAAAUACAUUGUUAAGUCUUCAAAACAUAUUUCAGAUCUGGUCUGUGUAUCAGACUGGCACAGUUUUUACUCCAGAACCACUUACUGACCUUAUUAAGUUGUGAACAGUGAACAGUCAAAAGCUCGAGGGUUCGAAUCCCAGCCCUGCCAUACAGCCACUGUUGGGCCCUCGAGCAAGGCCUUUAACCCUUUCAGCUCCAGUCUCGCCGUUCAAUGGCUGACCCUGCACUUGUUGUACUGUACAUCUAUAUAUGUAUAUAUACAAAUAAAGGCAUUCUAUUCUA